UUUGUCAAGAUUUUUGAUUUCAGGUCGUCCGGCUACCUUUGGCGAAAUGGCCAAAGGUAUCUCCAACUGCCUCUCCCCAAGGUAUCAUAUUCCACAACCAACUUUCUAAACCAACUCAAUCCGAAAAUGAAAUGCCCUUAUGCUGACAUGUCUCUGUUGUUCCCCUCUGUCUCGCGCUCGAACAAAAACAAACACCUCAAUGAUUUGCGCGGGGCCGUUGCAGUAAACAGCAUCCUCCCCGGGGCCCGAGGACGACACCAUGGAAAGCGUCAUCAUUAA